AUGAGUGGCAGGAUGGUGUCAGGGCUCCUGGUGGCCGUGGUCUUCCUCCUGCUGCCGCAGGACACACACUCAGUCUCCAUUCAGCACCAAGGCUUCCAGGUCCAGCUGGAAUCAGUCAAGAAGCUGAGGGACCUGGAGGAGCAGAGGGGGCCCAACCCCUCCAGAGUCUCCAGACUCCAGGCCCAGAGCCUCGUGCCUUCCGUGUGUCACCACCUGGCCCUGCCGCAGGACCUCGAGCCCGUCUGCGCAUCCAAGAAAGCUGCCAGCGUCCUCCAGGCCUUGAAGAGCAUUGCUAACGACGACUGCGAGCUGUGUGUGAAUGUCGCCUGCACCGGCUGCCUCUGA